AUGUCAGUCCGUCGCAGCAGUAAGUCCGUUAGCUCUCAGGUAUCAUUCGGGUCAAGAAGGAGGAUAAGUACCUCUAGUAGAGUGGUCACGAAUGGUUUUGAGAGUUCAGGUUUUGGAUAUGGAAACUUAGGCUAUGAUGUCUUCUCCAAAUCUCUCACAUCUGGUUAUGAGGUCCCGCUGUAUAGCAAUGAGAAGCAGACAAUGCAGAAUCUCAAUGACCGCCUGGCAUUUUACCUGGAAAAGGUAUACUCUAUGGAGAAGGCCAACAGCAAACUGGACCUGCAAAUUCAGACAUUUUAUGAGAACAAGAGCCCAAUGCAGAGCAAAGACAUGAGCAGUUAUUUCAAAACCAUCUCAGACCUCCGCACACAGAUUCUUAGCCGUUUUGUGCAGAAUUCUGAACUCCGCCUGAAACUGGACAACACCCGAAUGGCAGCAGCAGAUUUCCAGAUCAAGUAUGAGACUGAGAAGAACUUGCGUAUGAUUGUUGAAGCAGAUUUGCCUCGACUGCGAGGGGUUAUGGGAGAGAUUAAACUAUCCAUCGCAGACCUGGAGAACCACCACACUGGACUGACAGAGGAGCUGCUGUACCUCAAGAAAACCCACGAGGAGGAUCUGCACAUGUUGCGAGCAAAGCAAAGCGGCUCUGUUAACGUGGAGAUUGACAGCGCAACUCGUUCAGACCUUGGCCAGAUGCUGAAGGAGUUGAGAAGUCAGUACGAGACCCUUGUUGAGAAAAACCGCAGGGAGGUUGAACAAUGGUACCAGACCAAGGUGGAGAUGUGGCGCACUCAAGUGUCCAGCAGCCGUACUGACAUCAAUACAUCUCAGACCGAAUUCACUGAAAUCAAGAGAACUGUUCAGAGCUUAGAUAUAGAACUACAAGGGCUUAUUACACUGAAACAGCAGCUGGAGCAGAGUCUGGUCGAAGUAAGGGAGCGCUAUUCGGCCAAGCUGGGUCAGCUUCAGAUAUACAUCGACAACCUGCAGGAGGAGCGACAGAGACUUAAUACCGACAUACAGGAACAGGCCACAGAGUACCAGCUCCUGCUGGACAUCAGAAUGAGACUGGAGACAGAGAUCGCCGAGUACAGGAGGCUACUGGGAGGAGAAGAACACACGACUGUCAUUAGCACUUCUAAAGCUUCCAUGGUCAAAACAGAAACAGUGACCACAACAGAGAUAAAGGAAGAGAUAGAGGAUGUGCAUAACCCUCAUCUCCAGCGCCGAGUCAAGGUCAUUGUGGAGGAAAUGAUAGAUGGUCAAGUUGUUUCCACUUCUGUUGAUGAAAAUGUCCAGGACAUCAACUGAUCAGAAAAUAAAAUGCAACCUCGUGUUUAAAACUACAAUAACAAAUGUUAACACAUAAAUCGACCUUGUCAGUAGUUGGUAAUGGGCGUCUUUAAGUGAGUUAUUACGUUUUUUAUUGAGUGGGAUUUCUGAAAAAUAUAUACACUGCAGCAUAGAGUAUACACAGGUUUUUCUAGAAUUUGGUGUGAGAUAUGCUUUCAGGCUUUGUUUCCGGCUUUCACUCUGCCUAAAUAAAUUUAGGGCCAAAUAAAAAUCAGAGCAUAGCCACAUUUGUUAUAGGGUUUUUUUGUUAAGAUAUAGUUUAUCGCAGUCUGGAAAUGCGCCGUCAGGCCAGUCGUGCAUGCUGACAUUAAGAGUACUCUGUUCAUAGUAAUAUAAAGGAAGGCAAGAAACUGUUGUUCAGCAAGCUUUGAAGUGAUAGCAUAAAAAAGCCUUAUGUAUUCAGGUCAUCUUUAUUAUUUAUAGGUAAGAAUCAUGGUGGUAUUUUUAAAAACAAUUUGAUUUGUCUUUAAAUGAUGGUUUAAAAUCUACAUAAUGUUACUGUUUUGCAUGACAAAAUUAAUAAAUCAU